UGGCCGGGGGCCGGGGGCCGGGUCGCAGGCCCGCGUUCGCCCUGCCUCCCGCUCUCCCAGGAGCCUUCUCCGCGAGGCCGAGGCGAUGCGGGGGACUCGGCGGCCGAGGGUCCGCUCCGGGAACGAGCCUCAUCCCGCGCCGCCUGCCAUGGAGCCGGCAGGUCGCGGGGCCUGGGCCCACAGCCGCGCCGCGCUCGAGCGGCUGGAGACGCUGCUGCGCUGCUCGCGUUGCAUUAAUAUUCUGAGGGAGCCUGUGUGUUUAGGAGGAUGUGAGCACAUCUUUUGUAGUAAUUGUGUAAGUGACUGCAUUGGAACCGGAUGUCCAGUGUGUUAUACCCCAGCCUGGAUACAAGAUGUGAAGAUAAACAGACAAUUGGACAGCAUGAUCCAGCUUUGUAGUAAGCUUCGAAAUUUGCUGCAAGAUACUGAUUGUUCAGAUUUGAAAGAAGAAACAUCUAGGAAAAGUUUAUUUAGUGAUGCAGAAUAUAAGAAGAAUUCAAUAAAAAUGUGGUAUAGUCCUCGAAGUAAGAAGGUCAGGUACGUUGUGAGUAAAGUUUCAGUGCAAACUCAGCCUCCUGUGAUAAACGAUGAAAGUGCUCAGCAGACCUCCGUGUAUGAAUUUGUCUCUACAAGCCCUCCAGUGGAUUCUUCUGAGAGGGCCAAGAAGGCUUCCAGAAAAUCUGGAAAAAAACAGAAAAAGAAAACUUUAGCUGAAAUCAACCAACAAUGGAAGUUAGAGGCAGAGAAAGAAGUUGGUGAGCUUGACUCCAAAGAGGAGUUUAAGGAAAAGCUGGUAUCCUUCUGCAGCCAGCCAUCUAUAAUUGCUAGUCCACAGGUAAAUGGUGAAAUAGACUUACUAGCAAGUGGCUCCGUAGCAGAAUCUGAAUGUUUUGGAAGCUUAACUGAAGUCUCUUUACCACUGGCUGAGCAAAUAGAGUCUCCAGAAAUUGACAGCAAGAAUGAAGUAGUGACUCCAGAGAAGAAUCUCUGUGAACACUAUGUUAUGUCUAAGAAAUCCUUGUCAUCAGGUCAUAUUGGGAAACGUGGGCGUCACAAAAGACUUUCCAGUCCUGUUUCUAAGAGAUGUAGAAACAGCAGUCUGAGCACCAGUAGAAAGUCUGUUAAGCAAACAGUCCUCUCAGAAAACAUGCCAUUGCCUGGAUGUUCUUCUCCACCUUCAAACAAACUUAAAGUUGGUGACACAUUAAGGAGGAAAAGCAGGAAUAUAUUAGAUGAAUCCAUUAGCCUUUCACCAGGUACGCCCCCUUCUACACUGAAUAGUCCAAGUUACAGACGAAUGAUGUGUAGUCCCUCAGCAGUGAAGCUGUCGCCCAGUAGCCUUAUGGCUAUGAAAAGAAAUCAUCGAGGAGAGACUUUGCUCCAUAUUGCUUCAAUUAAGGGUGACAUACCUUCUGUUGAAUACCUCUUACAAAAUGGAAGCGACCCGAAUGUUAAAGACCAUGCUGGAUGGACACCAUUGCAUGAGGCCUGCAAUCACGGGCACCUGGAGGUGGUGGAAUUGCUGCUCCAGCACAAGGCAUUGGUGAACACCACUGGGUACCAGAAUGACUCACCUCUUCACGAUGCAGCCAAGAGCGGGCACGUGGAUAUAGUCAAGCUGUUACUCUCCUAUGGAGCCUCCAGGAACGCUGUUAACAUAUUUGGUCUGCGGCCUGCGGAUUAUGCAGACAGUGAAAAUAUGAAAUCGCUGUUGCUGCUGCCAGAGAAGAAUGAAUCAUCGUCAGCUAGCCAUUGCUCAGUAUUGCUGAGCGAGACUGGUAAUUAUACCUGCAGUGUUUCUCUCAUGUCCUGUGGAACUUUUGAGAGUCCAGAUGUCCAGACUGCAUAUACACUCAUACAUAUAAACACUGGUCAGCGAAGGGAUCGGCCUCUUGUGCUUAUAGGCAGUGGACUUUCUUCAGAACAACAGAAAAUGCUCAGCGAGCUUGCAACAAUUCUUAAGGCUAAAAAAUGUGCUGAGUUUGACAGUACAGUAACUCAUGUCAUUGUUCCUGGUGAUACAGUUCAAAGCACCCUGAAAUGUAUGCUUGGGAUUCUCAGUGGAUGCUGGAUCCUAAAAUUUGAGUGGGUGAAAGCAUGUCUACAAAGAAAAGAAUAUGAACAGGAAGAUAAGUAUGAAAUUCCUGAAGGACCACAGAGAAGCAGGCUCAACAGAGAACAGCUGUUGCCAAAGCUGUUUGAUGGAUGCUACUUCUAUUUUGUGGGAACUUUCAAACACCAUCCAAAGGACAACCUUACUAAGCUUGUCACUGCAGCUGGGGGCCAGAUUCUCAGUAGAAAGCCCAAGCCAGACAGUGACGUGACUCAGACCAUCAAUACAGUUGCGUACCAUGCCGAACCUGAUUCUGAUCAGCGCUUCUGCACACAGUAUAUCAUCUAUGAGGAUUUGUCUAAUCAUCGCCCAGAGAGAAUUCGGCAGGGCAAAGUCUGGAUGGCUACUUCCAGCUGGUUUAUAGAUUGUGUGAUGUCCUUUGAGUUGCUCCCUCUUGACAGCUGAAUCCUACACCAGAAUAACAUUUCAAAUUGAACUUACACAAUGUGAAAACCCAGUGAUCGCACUUUUGAUGAUUCACAUUUUUACAAAUAGGUAGACUCAUUCAUACACUUUUUUCCCUUGAAUUGAAAAAAAUAAGUUGUCUGCCAGAUUAGGAAUUCGUUUUGUGUUUACCAUUUAGGUGCCGAAAUUGCCUUAAAGGAUUUUUCUUUUAAAACUGGCAUGUGUUGAUUCAUCAUGUCUUUCUAUUCCCAUUAUCAGCAAUCAAAGAUUAAUGAGAGGGUGUCAGAAUGCUGGUUAAAUAUACAAGUGGUAUCAUUAUGUCUCAGCCUUUUAAUGUUCUUUGAUGAAAAAAAUCUAUACCUGCCACCAGCAAAAGUGCUUGCCUUCAUUUAGUAAGCAAAUAAUAUUGUCAAAUAGUUUAUUCUAGCUUUAUUAUAAUGAAAAUAGAUUACCUAGUCUAAAUGUGCUACCAUAGGUGUUAAAUUGUUCUCCUGUCUACAGUUGUGUUUAUUUAGCUGCUAUAAUUUACUUGGGUGUCUGUUGCUAGAUUUUUAUCCCCUUUUUUAAAGAAAUCUUCUCUUAAUCAGGAAAUCAUUAUUUGAAUCUUAAUACUAUUGUUCUUUGGUGGUGAAAGCCAGCAUUGGGCUCAUGGUAUAUAUUUUUAUUGUGUAUACUUGCUUAUUGUUAAUAAUCAACUUAUAACUGUGUUAAUAGUAUACAUAUAUAUAUAUACAUUUAGAGCAUUUCCUCUAACACAUUUUAAUUUCAAUAUUUCUUAGGAAGUCUCACCAGACUAGCAAAUUGUCAGUCAAAUGUAAAUAAAUAAGGAAGCAGUCUUUCUGGUGGACCUUACCAUGUAUUGCUAAAAUAACUUUUUUAUAGGUCUUAAUUUCUUUCUUCAUAAAUUGUUUUUCAUUGUUAGAUUGCUGGGGAGGCAGAAGUUGGUGAUUACUUGAUUUAGAACAGAUUUUGUCCAGGUUAUACAAAAGGCUAUGACAAUAAGUUUAGUGAAAGUAGUGAAAAGGGCUUACUCAUAAUACCAGGACCAUCAAGGUUUCAGAGUAGUGGACAGGACAUCACCUGCAAAUGGGGAGACCUGGGAAGGUUACUGUGGUCUGAGUAUUUUCAACAAGGUAGAUUAGAUCAUUUUAAAACAUUGCCUAAGAAAUAAAAUUCUUUAAUAAGUCUUUCCAGAAAUUUAAUGUACUUAGAAUAUUAAAGACAUAGAAGAGGUGUAACUGUUGAAACUUGUCAGUUUGGUCCCUUUUGGGCCAAAGGGACUAGUUUGGUAACCACUAGAUUAGAAUACUGAGAGUCUGAAGUUCAUGAACAUUUUAAUAUCCAUUUAUUUGAAGUUUGAAAUUCAGCUGAUUAUUUCAAAAUAAAAUUUACUUUA